AUGGCGUCCGCUCUCUUCUUUCUGGACCUGAAGGGCAAGACCCUGUUGGCCCGCAACUACCGCGGGGAUAUCCCCAUGUCCGCGGUCGAGAAAUUCCCCAUCCUCCUCAGCGAAGCCGAAGAAGAAAGCUCCGCCGUGCCUCCUUGCUUCUCUCAUGAAGGAAUCAACUACCUAUAUAUCCGCCACAGCAACCUGUACAUCCUCGCCCUGACAAAAAGAAACACCAAUGCCACCGAGAUCCUUCUGUUCCUCCAUAAACUCGUGGAGGUAUUCACCGAAUACUUCAAGGUGCUGGAGGAGGAGAGUAUCCGAGACAACUUCGUCAUCAUUUAUGAAUUGCUGGAUGAGAUGAUGGAUUUCGGCUACCCGCAGACAACAGAAAGCAAGAUCUUGCAAGAAUACAUCACUCAAGAAUCACACAAACUCGAAGUGCAAGCACGACCACCUAUCGCCGUAACAAAUGCCGUCUCCUGGCGAAGCGAAGGUAUCCGUUACCGCAAGAACGAGGUCUUCCUGGACGUGGUCGAGUCCCUCAACCUGUUGGUGUCGGCGAACGGAAAUGUCCUGAGAUCCGAAAUUCUAGGUGCGAUCAAGAUGAAGUGUUAUCUGAGUGGUAUGCCCGAGCUGCGAUUGGGCCUGAACGAUAAGGCCAUGUUUGAGACAACGGGUCGUGCGACGCGAGGCAAGGCCGUCGAGAUGGAGGAUGUCAAGUUCCACCAGUGUGUGCGAUUGUCGCGGUUCGAAAAUGACCGCACAAUCAGUUUUAUUCCGCCGGAUGGUGAAUUCGAGCUUAUGAGCUACCGAUUGAACACACAAGUGAAGCCGUUGAUCUGGGUCGAGUGUCUGGUUGAAUCGCACUCUGGGUCACGAAUCGAGUAUAUGCUCAAGGCCAAGGCACAGUUCAAACGCCGCAGCACCGCCAAUAACGUCGAGAUCAUUGUUCCUGUCCCCGAGGACGCAGACUCCCCUCGAUUCCGCACCAACAUCGGAACGGUCCACUACGCGCCUGAGAAGUCGGCGAUCAUUUGGAAGAUCAAACAGUUCGGCGGUGGCAAGGAAUUCCUCAUGCGGGCGGAGCUGGGUCUGCCGUCCGUGAAGGGUGACGAUGAGCACGGUGGUGGUAUGACUGGUGGUUUCGGAGGCAGCAUGGGUGGUGCCGGCGCCGGCAAGUCGAAGCGGCCCAUCAACGUCAAGUUCGAGAUCCCGUAUUUCACCACCAGUGGUAUCCAAGUGCGCUACUUGAAGAUUACCGAGCCGAAGCUGCAAUACCCCUCCCUCCCCUGGGUUCGCUAUAUCACACAGUCUGGUGACAUUGCCGUCCGCAUGCCCGAUGUGCAAUAG